GAUCUCUCGUGAUUACCUAUUCGAUGUUAUUUUUUCACGGCUGGGAAAGGAAAGUGUUGCUGUUGUUAUUUUCAGAUCUUGAGAUGUAAACGGAAAUUAAUUGAAUGCAGAAACGACGAGAAAAGAGAAACAUGGGGUUUUGUGUUACAUUAUAAGGCAUGAUACGAGCGACCGGACUCUCUUAUACCGGUGAUGCUUUGAAGUAAUGUCUUCGGCACGAUGAUGAUGGUUUCUGUGCAGCACUGGAAGUGACUUAUUUAAAAUACAGUUUCAGGAAAAUAAAGGAAUGACUGUUAGUCUGCUGUUGGAUACCUAUGUAUUUGUCCUUUGUAGGACAGGCAACCUGUGGUUGAACCAAGGUCAAAGGCAGGUUUCUUCCCAGUCACCCAGUGUCCAUUUUAGGAUACAGAGUGCUCAACCAGCCACAAAGCUCCAGUUUAAAAGACCCCUCAGCUGUAAAGCUUGGUAUUCAAACUUGAAGCAAAGCCACUGCACUAAUUACAGGGGGCUGAAGGUAUGGGUUAGUAGAGUUAGUUAUCUGCGAAAGAAACUUGGUCUUCACACCAACAUUUCCUUUUUAAGUACCUCAGUAUCACGUGGAACAACAAGCUUCAAUCAUCGCAUGUCGCGGAUCAAGAGCACUUUGGACUCUGUUUCAAAAGCUGUCAGUGGAACACAUAGUGAGCUUCUUUCCAGAAUAGCACGAUUUAAACCAAAUGCCGUCCAGGCUUGUAAAGAAGUUGAGUCCAAUGUGCGAGCUAAUAAUGAAGGUUCAAGAAGAGAAUCAUCAGGCACUGAAAUUGAUAAACUGACUCUACUUGAAGAAAAAAAGCAACCCUUAGAGCAAUCCUUCCAAAACAGUGGAAAAUCCACAUCUUCCUUGACCAAGGCAGUCCAGAACACAUCUGGAAAUAACUCUAAACAGAGCGUUAUAGAACUUUUCCAUCCUAGCUACCUCACCACUAAUUUUGGUGAGACGUAUAAUUUUCUGGCAAGUCAUAUUAAUGAGUAUUUUGGGGAAGGAACAAGAAUGGAUAAAAAAGAGUCAGAUAGUAAUGGCAACUCUAAAUGUUCUGGCAAAGGCAGUCCUCUUCACAGUUCUGCAGAUCAGAGUUCUGCAUUAGGGGCUCCUGCUGCAGAUAGCCAGUCUUCUGAGUCUUUACCUUCUAGUUCUGAUCCUGCCUCCCCUAAAAAGCGCAUUGCCCACUACUUGUCAAACCCUGGCCACAGUGUGCAGGCAUUUGUUGGCAGCUACCUUGUCCCUUUGGUUCCCAAGUUUCGAUAUGAAUCCAAGGGAAUUCCAGAAGAAAAAGAAAAAACUCCUACUGUGGUAGAAGCAGGUGUUAUAAAAGGAGAAGUUGCUAAUGGUAAAGAUCAGAAGAAUGUUGAUGACAAAGCCAAACGACUUUUGCUCCAGAGAGAGAAGAUAAUUGCAAGAGUCAGCGUAGAUAAUAGAACAAGAGCUCUUGUCCAAGCCCUGCAGAGAGCUUCUGAUAUCAAGAUCUACAUCCACAGGGUAGAGGAGCUGAGCUAUCACCUCCUUGAGUUCCCCGAAACAAGAGGAGUAGCAGUGAAGGAGAAGGUCAUCCCUUGCUUGUUGCGCCUCAGACAGGCAAGUGAUGAGACCCUGCAGGCUGCAGUGAGGGAGGCACUGGCUCUAGUGGGGUACACAGACCCUGUCAAAGGCAGAGGAAUCCGAGUCCUUUCCAUUGAUGGUGGAGGAACAAGGGGACUAGUGGCUCUUCAGACACUGCAUAAACUUGAAGACCUCACUGGAAAACCAGUAUAUCAACUGUUUGAUUAUAUCUGUGGUGUCAGUACAGGGGCCAUUUUAGCCUUCAUGCUGGGAGUUUUCCAGAUCCCCCUGGAUGAGUGUGAGGAGCUUUACAGGAGGCUGGGUUCUGAUGUUUUCAAGCAGAAUGUCAUACUGGGAACAGUAAAGAUGGGAUGGAGCCAUGCCUUUUAUGACAGUGAAAUGUGGGAAGCAAUACUUAAAGAAAAAAUGGGAUCUGAUCUAAUGAUAGAAACAUCAAGGAAUUCUAAAUGUCCAAAGGUGGCGGCAGUGAGCACAAUAGUAAACAGAGGCACUCCUUUGAAGGCCUAUGUUUUCAGGAACUACAACUUGCUCCCUGGGGUGAAAUCUCACUAUCUUGGAAGUUGUCAGCACAAGCUCUGGCAGGCAAUCAGAGCAUCUUCUGCAGCACCUGGCUAUUUUCAGGAGUUUGUACUGGGAAAUGACCUCCAUCAGGAUGGAGGUUUGCUGAUAAACAAUCCUACAGCCUUGGCCAUUCAUGAGUGCAAAUGUCUGUGGCCAAACACGCCUGUGCAGUGUGUUAUAUCCCUGGGAACCGGUCGUUUUGAGAGUGCAGGCAAGAACAAUGCCACCUACACCAGCCUCAAAACCAAACUGACAAAUGUCAUCAGCAGUGCUACUGACACAGAAGAGGUCCACACAAUGCUUGAUGCCCUCCUACCCCAAAAUACCUAUUUCCGCUUCAAUCCUUUUAUGAAUGAGGACAUACCACUGGAUGAAAGUAGGAAGGAAAAACUUAACCAGUUACAAAUUGAUGGAGUUCACUACCUGGAGAGGAAUGAGCAAAAGCUGAAGAAAGCUGCCAACAUAUUAAUUCAGGAAAAGACCACGCUUCAGAGACUGCAUGAUUGGGUGAAGUUAAAAGCAGACAUGUAUGAUGGUCUGCCAUUUUUCGCCAAAUUGUAGGAAGAACAAAAAAUAAAUUUAUUGUGUGUUGUUUUCAAUUCUUUACAGAUCCAUAACCUGAGUUAUUUAAUUCUAACACCAGUAGAGCACAUUCUAGGCCUGACACUAUUGCCAGUUUUUGGCUUAAGAGUGUUAUCAUGGACUGUAACAAAAACUAAAAUUGUCUUUAGGCUAUUUUUCAUAGGUACACAUGUUCUGAGCUGCCACUUUAUUAAGACUUUAAGGGAACAAGUCCAGUGUUUAGUGUUGAAAGAGCCAAAUGGGGGAAGGAGGGAGAUGCUCAAGCCACACAGUACUGGAGGUCUGUCCUUUAGUACAUCUUGAACAGAGGAAUGCUGUGCUGCAUAAACUUAUUAAUGUUUUCCUACAGGAACAGCAUUUGACUACAUUUGUAUUUUAAUUCACUAGUGUCUUUGACAUUCUGUCCUUUCAUAUUAUUUAUUUAAGAUAAUGUUUAUGUAUAAUAAAGAAACAGAGCACAUUUGAGAACAUUUAUUUUAAAUGAAUGUCAUUAUUCCCUCCCUUUUUACCUCCAUUAAUUGUAUUUGUGUAAUAACAGACUAAUAUGGUAAAAACAAACCAAUCAUGCACUAAAUGUAAAGAAGACUAGAAAACUACACUUUUCUCUUCCCACUUGACAGUUGUAUUAUUUCUUUGGAAAUGACCUAUAUAUGUACAUAAUCUUUUUUGUCUAAUAAAAUCUGUGAUUGAUGCAAGGACUGAAAACAAAGUAAAAGCAUGUUUAUUACUAUGGAUUACAUCUUGCGCUUCAUUUUCAUGUUUAUAGCCAAUAGCAGUAACUUGUUUUUUUAUCUUUCAUUUAUCUUCUAUUAAUUAUGCACUUAUCUACCUACAACAAAAGAACUUAGAUUAUAAUGAGAUUCAACAAUGAAUGGUCUCCUCAUGUCAGUCUGAUUUUCUGUUUCAGAAAACAAUGUUAGAUCACUAAUUUCUUCAAAACGAGUAUGUGAGAUAUUUCGGACCAAUAUUCUUUAUGCACAGUGUUUUUUAUUGUUAUUAAAGAGAUGACUGAAUAUAAUAUUGUGCUGAAAACUGCUCAUUUGGUGUGAGGGAAUGAAUUUUCAGUGAUGUACUCAUAUAAAUGCUUCUGAAAAAUUUUCUAAACUUCUAAGCUUCUGCAGAUGUGCUUAUCCAUUUUUCUGUAUUUUUUGUUUACCAACACAACACUGAAAAAUUAUUUGUUUUGAUGUUAUAGAGAGUACUUGUUGUCCAGUAGAUUGCAAAUAAAAUUGUAUGUUAAUGUA